UCUCCGCUGCCAUGGUAGGAGGAAGGUAGGGUCGGGCACGCGCUAUCGUUCGCAAGUGAUCAGUGCUGCGCGAUCAGCUCAGCCGCGUGGUGUACUGCUGCCGGACCGCAACUCGCGCCAACUAAACCACUGCGAUUUGUUCAGUGACGUUAUGUGAAACUAAUUUAUAUUUGUGCUCGUUAUUGGGAGAUUGCCAUUAUUCUGAUACGCAGUAUUAGUUAGUAAAAUGUUAGGACAUUGUGACGAAAAAAGAAAUGAAGUGGAUAAUAGAACAGCAUACAGUGAACGUUGCAAGUUGUAGUGCUAACAAAACCAAGGUGCCAAUAGUAUAAUGCCGUGCAUAGAUAAAGAAUGAAGUGAGAAGAGAAUAAAUUUGAAAAUGCAAUAAAUAUAAUUGUGUGUGACGAUGGAGGGUGCCGUGUUGAGCGCCCAGAGCAAUAACAGAUUCCGUACGCACCUGAAAAACGCCGCGAGUGCUCUGUGCGCGAGGACGCUGCCUAAGCAAAGAUGCAGCGAAGCGGCGGCGAGCUCGUCCCGCCACCACACCUAUCCUCGCUCGGCGCCGCCCAAACGUGCGCCCAUCUCCUGUCGCAUGGAGCCCCUACUCGGUGACCUGACCGCUCCCGCUUCCCCUGCGCACUACCCGCCUGACGUGGUGGUCAGCAAACCGCUCGACUGCAAACCCACCACGCCCAAUGGCAUGGUCAAGUUAAAAGGAGCAUUAGCUAGGGAGGUGGCGAGCGCCUGGGAGUGUCGCGUCGGCCCGCCCGACCGGCCCGCGCCCGCCCAUCGAGUGCAGGGACUAUUCAACGACAUCGAACUCUAUCCCACUAAGACGCAGGUGUUCGAAAUGUUGGUGUGCGCGCGUCAGUGUGCGCGGCGCAAGUCGCUCAUUCUCACCUUCGGGGAGUUUUGCGUGUUCGCCGCGGAGCUACGGCGAUGCUCAAGGCAGGCUCGACAAGUUUCCAACAAGCCCGACUCUCCUGUGUGGACCGUGGACAAAGACCUUCGGGAUAAGGAUACGUUAUGCAAGCAUAUGAACGGCAGCGAGGCGUCGCCGCCACCGUGCGAGGUGUUCCUGGGAGGCUCGUGCAAUCCCACCACCUGGAGGUCGGACAUCGCCAUACCCAUGCUCAAGAAGAUGGGCAUCACAUAUUUCAAUCCGCAAGUGGAGGACUGGUCGACGGAGCUAAUGGAGGUGGAGCAUCGCGCGAAAUGUGCGGCGCGCGCGCUGCUGUUCGUGUUGGACAGCGAGACGCGCGCGGUGGCCGCCAGCGUGGAGGCCGCACACCUUGCCGCUGCGCCACGCGAUCUCCUGCUUGUGUUGCGCCCUUACUCGCGACACCAGCUCAUCGGCAAUGAGACCAUCACUGACCAGGAGUACGUUGAGCUGUCCCGAGCUAGAGCGACGCUCCAGGAGGCAGUAGAGCGGCGCGGACUGCCCGCCUUCUCGGACAUCCCGGCCGCAUUGCGGUGCGCGCGCGCGGUACUGCGCGGCGCCCGCACGCAGCCGCGACACUCGCUCGGACACACCAUCCUGCGACUGAAGCGCGCCUUCGACGCGGCCGGUGGUAGGAAUGGCACCCUGUCCCGCUCCCGGGCACUCGACGCGCUGCGGGAAGCCACCAAGACCUCCCGGCAGACCGCCGACCGCGCGCUGCCGACGGACGACCACGUCGACUUUGAAACAUUCUGCGCCGCCGUCGCCGAACUCGCCGCUGACGUCGGAGUGUCGCGGUGUGAGGGUGUCGCGGGUGGUGGGGGUGGUGGGGGCGGUGGGGGUGGCGGGGUGGUGGCGCAGAUGCGGCGCGCGUUCCGUUCGCUGCGCGCGCGCCUCGCCGACCCCGGUGCGUUCACACUGAGGAUUACUUUCAUUGAUACAGAUAGUCGCAAUGGCCAGGAAGAGGUCCCCAGACUAACGGAAGGAGAAGAUAGUCGCGUGGCAGAGGGAGGCGAGAGGCCGCGGGAAGGCAACGGGCUUCUGGUGCACAAUCCACGGCUCAGGGCCUACGGGAGGAAGCUUGGAUUAUUCAUUCCUAAGAACAACGGCAGUCGUACGUCGGAGAUGAGCCCUGGUGCGGGUGUUGUGGGUGGUGUGGGUGGUGUGGGGGGUGCUGGGGGCGUGUCGGAGGGCGGGGACAGCGUGCUGACGCCGCGCACGGAGCGCCGCCUCGAGCGCCUGCCGGACAUGCUCGCCACACACAACCAUCAUGUCUACCUCGGCGGAUCAUUCCCGUGUGGCGGCAGUCGUCCUGAGGAGGUGCUGAGGCGUGAGGGGUUCACGUACGUGUCGCCGCGAGCCAACGACUACACGCGCAUGUUCUCCGCGCCCGCGCGCCGCGCCGCCCCCUCGCAGCCUGACUCCCCCUGCGACAAGAAACCACGCCCCAACGCACAUCUCUCGCCGGUAUCACCGAGCGAGGAGGGCGUACAAUUUCGGGAGCGUGGCGGAGGUGGAGGUGCGGAGGCAGCAGACCGGCUCAGCGCCUCCGACUUCUACACUGUCAGCGAGGACGUCACGCCGCAACCUUUUAAAGGUACAUACGACGAGGAGCUGCUGCUGGGGUCGCGCAUGUUGGUGUUCUCUCUGAGCUCGGAGGCGCCCUGCUUCUCUACCAUGGUGUUGGCCGCGCACUACAUGGGCCUGCGCCCUCACGCCACUGUGCUCAUAGUACAGACAAUGGACCCCGCAGCCGCACACAAUUACAGUGAAGCAGCAGUAAAAGACUACAAUCGCGGUAGACAUUAUCUCGUAGAUCUGGCGCGGCGCUCCUCCGUACCUGUCUUCGAUAACGUGGACGACGCCAUGAUGUGCGUCGUGCGACGUCUGCGCACCGAACUCUAGCACGCGAAUGUCGCACUUAAAGCUGACUCAAUAGAGGUGUGUUUACUGUGAAAUAUGGAAGACUAAGACCGCUGGCGAUGUAGUUGUUUUCUAUUGAAUGUAUACACGAGCUAAACGCCGAUAAAGUUGUGUUGAAUUCAUCAAUGGUAAAAAAUUUAAAAAUGGAGAAAUAGAGUCGAGUCUUAGUACUGCUUAAAAAGCAGAUAAAGUUGUGUCUAAAGUUAAAGAAUGUUUGUUGUGGGUUUUAUAAGCGAAUUUAUUUCGUGCGUAUUAGAUUACAAAUUGUAAUUUUGCAAUUGGUUCAUCUUUUUUAAUCAUCCAUGAAAUAAUUUUCGUUUCCGUGUAAAAACGCACCUUUGUAAAAUUCUUCAAUUCAAUGGAAACGCAACUUAAAACUGUACAAGUUGUGAGUUAUCAUUCCGGGGAAAUGUUGCAAGAAGUGACGUCAUCACUAGCGAUGUAACUGACAGUCUCACAGUCAUUCCAAAUAAUUAAUAGCUCAUUGACUAAAGAAAGCAUAGAAUAAAUGUUAUAAUGCACUCUAUAAAUCGAUAGGUAAUUAACCUGACAGUUUAUGCUAUCUCUAUUACUAGUUCAAAUUCUCACCACCGCUACAAUCAGCGCCAAAAUGAAGAAAAUCAAAUCGGCACAAAAUACCAGGUCUUAUAGCCUAUCCAUUAAUAGACAUCAGUGUUAUAAUGAUAUUUGCUUAGUUUAUUUGUAUCGCUAGUGAUAAUGUUGUGUAUUGAAUCUCAUUUGGAAGUGUAAUGUCGAUGAGGCAGCCUGCGUGUAAAGAUUCCUCGUAUCUAAUCACAAUUCACACAAUAAAGACAACUAAAAUCUUUAACCAUCGUUAAUUUCGCGCGUCAAGGAGUCUCAUAUAUAAUAUGUACUUAUAUCUAACGUGUUUUAUGAAAUGUUUUAGUCUAGUACAAUACAAUGUCUCUCUUUUAUUUCGUCACUCUCUAAUGUAUUAUAUUAAAUAUAAUAUAUAGGCACUAAUUAUUUUAAACAAAUUUUUAACUAAGCAUGCGUGAGGACAGAGUGGAUGGUGAUGGGGAAAAAAUUAAAAAUGUAAAUAAACAUCGGAAGAAUUUCUAUUACGAAAUUCUAAGAUCUUUUAAAUUAUCAUUGAAUACUUAAUUUACAGUGUAACGGUAUUACUUGAGUGGACCAGAGUAACAAAUGUAGUUAAUUACUGUCGCACUCAGAGACAAUUAAUAGUCACAUAAGAAUCCUUCCUUAGAGAAGAUUGUUGGUCACAUAAGAGUCCUCGCUUAGUGACAAUUAACGGUCUCAUAAGGGUCUUCUCUUGGUGACGAUUAACGGUCACAUAAGAGUCCUCUCCUUGUUUCCUCUCUUAGUAACAAUAAAUGGUGACAUCAGGGUCCUCGCUUAGUGAUAAUUAAUCGCCACAUAAGGGUCUUCCCUUAGUGAUUAUUGAACGCUUUGAGUGCGUCAGUUAGUGUUUAUCCAACAUGACAAAUGCACGUGUCCAAAACACUAUGCAUAAAGUACAUUAAAAUUUUACUCCAUUGUCUUAUAUCAGUUGAAGGAACGUUAUAUUAUAAAUACAUUGAAAUUAUCGUAUAUGAGAAUAAGACAUUUAGUGGGUCAGAGACAAUUUAUAUAUAAAAUAUUUAAAAACAUAAAUGAGGCAAAUAAAGCAAAAGUAAGUUGAAAAGAGAUGAAAAUUUGUAGAAAUCCAUGUAAAUGUCGUAUACGUCU